CAAAAAUUCUACGCUAAAUCCAAAAUAAAAACUACAACUAAAUAACCUAAAACCCAUAAAACCCACGACGCGCGCAUCUUAGUGCAAAUAACUGUUAUGUGUAUGUGAGUGUACUCGGCAAGCAGGCCAACAUAUUAAGUACAGUAACGACGCAGACGCGCCACUUUUUAGCCUGCUACCCACAAAAUAUAUGUAACAUCAAACGCCGUGCCCAAAAUUUUUAACCAAAAAAAUUUUUGCAAACACGAGAUUUUCUGACGCGCGCAUACCAGCGCAACUGUUUGUUAUGUGUAUGUAAGUGCUUACACAUAGGCAAGCACUCACUGUGCGGUAAACACACACAAGCAACACACGGGACCGCUACCUACGUACAUACACAGAAAUUAGCUUCCACAUCUCAGCAAGUCACUGAACCCAACUUAACGAAACCAGUCCCUCUUUGUGCGUGUGAACAUGGCAGCUACUCCCAGAAAAAACAGCCCAGAAAGCAAAAUGGCUCCGGAAGAAAACACAUCUAACCACAAUACCAACGGCCCACCCAUCUCCAUCGGAAGCUCGAUAGCCUCUCUGAACAACAACAUCACCACCUCCCCGAGAGUCUCCUGGUUCUCCUCCGACUCGAACCCGGAUACACCCCCCGGCCCAUUCGAAUUGAAGCACAUCCCUGCAAAUCCGGAAAACCACGACGACGUUGAAAGCGACAGCCCAGGGGAACGCGGUACGGACCCGCUAUCUACUUCCACCCCGAAAGCCGCCCGUAAACCACCAACACUCGGGAGUAAACCUGGCCCAAGGUGCUCCAAAAGGAGGAAAACUUUUCCCCUAUCCCUAAGCCGGCAAAAACGCGCCAAACCCACUAAAAUGGCGAGCAAUGACAACCCCAUCAAGAUGAUACCAGAAAGCCAAUCCAUCCUAAGUGCCCCCACUCCUACAGCAAAAAACGAUCACAACACUGAUGCACCAACCACAAGCAAAAACGCGCAAAAUCAUGGCAGCCAGCCCACUCCCCCAAAUGCGAGCGAAAAAAUCCCAGCUAUUUUCCUCCACAACGUGACCUCAAUCCAGCCAAUACUGGAGACAAUAAAUACCAUCCCAGGAGUGUCAAACACCUACACCACUACUUCACUAAGCGGAAACCGCGUUAAAUUGACCAGCAACAACUUCUUUACCUACCAACAUAUCCUAGAAAAACUCGAAACUGACAAACUGCAAACCCACACCCACCAACCUAAAUCAGAACGGGGCUACAGGAUUAUUAUCCGACAACUACACCACUCCACCCCUUGCGAAGACAUACGCAGGCUACUCAGCGAUCUGGGAUACGCACCACGCUAUAUCAAUAACAUCAAACAUCGCCGGAGCCGAAAGCCAAUGGACCUCUUCGAAGCCGAGCUAGCUCCCGCCCAAAAAGACUACAACGAGAAGAUCCUAGCCAUCACCAAACUCGGGAACCAACGCGUCACCAUAGAGCGACAACUCCGACGCCUAGAACCUCCCAUGUGCCACCGCUGCCAACGAUACGGCCAUACAAAAAACUUCUGCCGCCGAGAUUUCGUUUGCCUCAAGUGUGCAGGCAAUCAUCCCUCCACUGCUUGUGCGCAAACUAAGCUGACCAAUCCCAAAUGUGCCAACUGUGGCCUAGGCCAUGUUGCCAGCUAUAAGGGCUGCGCGGCUUUUAAACAAGCCCAAACCCGACUUACUGCUUACCGUGCCCACAAGGCCCUGGGCACCCAUAGGGCUCAGCAACAACCACGGAAAGGUCCAACUACUCGCCCAAAUUAUUACGGACACGCACCGCACCCAAACUUACCUCACUUGAACCAGGAACUGGACAUGAGCAGUUGGCAAUCACCCAGCAAUCACAGCCCAGAAAAUUUGCCCACUAGCCAGACGACCACAGAAAGACGAAACCCCUUCCGCCAAAAACCCAAACCCGCGACUAAGCUGUUGUAUAGCCAGGCUGUAAAUAAAUAUUGUCAAAAUACACCUGUGCGAAACCCAGCUGAAACACAUCUCAGGAAGAUAAAAAAGAAAAUCCUACAAGAGCAGCGCACAAAUUCCAACCAUCUAAACCCAAAUACACUAACCUCUACUCCCUCCAACAGAAACUACAACAAGGAAAAUAACCUGCACCACGAGCAACCACCUCCGUUAGGAGAAGAGCAGAGGCCGCACAUACAACCCCCUCAGGAAAACGCUGAGCUGAAGUGCAUCGUGCAACAAAGCUUAACCUGUAUAGUCACAACCGCAGACCUCAACGACUAUGGCUUCAAUCAACACCCACAACCAAUCCGACAAAGGUACUGGCUUACCGUCACGCUACCUAUCCUCAGAGAUACCCCGCCAUCAAUGCGACGACCACCAAAACACUCCUGGCUUCCAGGAAACUACCAUAUAACGAGCAACGAUCCAAUAGCCCGCCGCUCAAACCCCAGACAACGCCCAAACUGGCAACGGAACCGCCAUCACUGCCCUGGCCAUCAAACCAAACGACGACGUUCAGCCAGCAACUUCGCAACGCAGCAACGGCUCAUCAACAUGUCACACAGGCACUGGGACAAACCACCAAUGACUUCGCCGCUAGCACCAAAAACGGCACUCAGGCAGCUACAACGCAUGAAAACACCGGCAAACCAGCCCCAGACAAAGACACCUGAAUACGCCGAUACCGAACUGGCCACAAAAACUCCUGGUGACGCAAAGGCAGCUACUCCACAAUUCAGCAGUGGCUCACCAACACGACGCAUAUUCACCUGGAUCAGCCACCACAGCCCCGGCCAGACCGCGACAUCUAGGCAGCUACUCCGCAUCGCAACAACUGCUGGCAUUGCGUCACAUAGACACCUGCAUCAGUCAUCACGCCCAGGCAGCAACUCCGCCGCGCAGAAACAACCCAUUAACACGAAGCAGAACCACCUGGAUGAGCCGCUGCUGCUCUGGUCAUUAGACCAAGCGAUGGCGUCCAGACAGCAACCCCGCCACACAGCAAAGGCUUGCCAACUCGCAUACAAGAUCCUGGAACAGCCGCCGCUGACUUGGCCUACAGAACAAACAACGGCGUCCAGGCAGCUACAUAGCCGCAUCACAGCAACGGCUCACCAACACAACGCACAGCCACCUGGAAUAGCCACUGCCGUUUUGGCCACCGGAACCAACAGUGGCGACCAGGCAACUACAUCGCCGCACGGCAGCAACGGCCAGCCAACACGCCGCGCAAGAACCUGGAUCAGCCACCACCGCUCUGCCACAAGAACCAUCAACAGCACCCAGGCAGCUACGCCGCGCAAAGCACUGGCCCUCCAACCCAGAAGAAAACACCAAAAAGCGCCGCCAAUGGAUUGGCCACCAAACCUCCGGCGACGCCCAGGCAGCAACAUCGCAGCGCAGCAACAACCCAUUAAUACGACGCAGAACUACCUGGAUCAGCCGCCACUGCUCUGGCCAUCAGACCAAGGGACGGCGUCCAGGCAGCAACCCCGCCACACAGCAAAGGCUUGCCAACUCGCACACAUGUUCCUGGAACAGCCGCUGCUGACUUGGCCUACAGAAAACAACGGCGUCCAGGCAGCUACAUUGCCGCACUACAGCAACGGCUCACCAACACAACGCACAGCCACCUGGAAUAGCCACUGCCGACUUGGCCACCGGAACCAACAGUGGCGACCAGGCAACCACAUCGCCGCACGGCAGCAACAACCUGCAAACACGAUGCACAAGAAUCUGGACCAACCGCCACCGCUAUGCCACAAGAACCAUCAACGGCACCCAGGCAGCUACGCCGCAUAAAGCUCCGGCCCACCAACCCA